AUGUCCGCCCUCAACCUGACCGCUCGCGAGAUUGAGCUCCUCUGCGGCGUGCUCGAAGUGAUGAAAGCCAGCAUUGAUUGGGUCGAAGUCGCCGGCAUCGCCAACUUCACCAAGGCGAAGCAAGCCCGCGACAAGUGGCCUGCCUUGCGCAACAAGGUCGUCGCCUGCAACGUGAAGAAGCGCGAGGGAAAGAGUGAGGGCGGCGGCGAUGACGUCCCAGUCGACAGCUCCGCCGCUCCCAAGAAAGCCGCUCCGAAGAAGCGCAAGGCUGCUGGCGAGAGUGCUCCCGCCAAGGCGAAGAAGACUAAGAAGACUGCAGUCACUCAGGAGAAGGACACCGACGAGGUUCGCGUCAAGCCAGAGCUCAGUGACGGCGACGAUCAGGACUUGAUCAGUUGA